GCGGCUCAGCGCUCAAGAGUGAAAUAGAGAUAAGGUGCAGACUGUCCUUAGAUAUAACUGGCAGCUAUGCAUUGCCUCGUCUCCUGCCUCGUCGUUGUCGUCGACAGUUUCAAUGGCUACAGUCGGUCGCAUCCAGGUAUCACCUCCCCUGAUUAAUAGUUCGUGUGCUUGGGCUUCCGAGCUUGAACAGCUGCAAGCACUGUUCGACUGCCCCCUGACCGGAGCGGUCACGACACGAUCAUCGACUUACGAGGGCUUCCCUCAGACAUCCUCUCAUUCGGUAGUGUUUACGAAGGACUCGGUAUCAUCCCUCAACACUUAUGGCUACUCGCCACACCCCCUAUCCACUUACCUCCAAAACGUUGAAAGCAUCCUUUCCAAUGCUCCCCCCGACUCCUCCAAACCCAUCAUUAUCAGCAUCACAUCUACCUUGCCUACCGUCCUGGCCUCGAUGAUGGACCUCAUCCAAGCCUUACGCAACAAACUCAACGACCACUCCCGAACACGCAUCGCAGUCGAGCUGAACACCUCCUGUCCCAACAUCUCAGGCAAAUCUCCGCCAGCAUACGACAUCUCCACCCUCCGCCCAUUACUCCAAGUCUUCGCGGACUACUUCUCUACGGAUCCCACGCUCACACUCGGUCUCAAACUACCUCCAUACACCUAUUCGACACAGUUCGAACAGCUCGUGAACGCCGUCGCGGAGAUGUCUGGUCCAGGUCCAGACGGCAGGCGCACGAAUCCCAUCGCGUUCUUCACGUCUACGAACACACUCGGAAACACUCUUCUCUAUCCGUCUCAGACGAUGUCGUUCCCCUCCGAGACAUCUGGCACACCAGGCUUCCUUACCACCCACCCUGCCUUAAGCUCCGUUCUCCCCGCCUUCGGAGGCUUGGCGGGCGACUCUUUGCAUCCCCUAUCGCUCGGAAACGUCUACACUCUGACGACGUUGUUGAAGAACCAUGGUGACGAAGCGAUGAGGGAUAUAGUCGUUAUUGGAGUAGGAGGCGUGACGAGUUAUGAGGCAGCGGAGAGGAUGAGGAGUGCUGGAGCCGGUGUGGUGGGACUUGCGACCUUGCUGGGAAGGGAGGGCUUGAGGGCCUUCGAGAUCGUCUCGCGCCCGUGAAGCGUUGUGGAUCGGGCUCAAAGUGAACAGAGGAAAGAUGUCGCGCAGAAGUCGACUUUGUAUUUGGGAUAUGAGAAAUGUAAAGUCCGAAGAGCCAGUGUUCGGCGUAUGUAUUGAGACGCGUGAUUGUUUCAUGAGUAGGGAAGUACUCGAGUAGAUGAGAGAGAUUGAGCGAGAGGAGACGUGAGAGAUAGAGGAAAAGGUAUGCAUAGGGGAGGAGAUUUCCAUAAUCAGGGAAGAAAAAGGGAGAUAAAAGGAGGACCAAAAAUACAGUGAGAAUGCAAGGAAAUGGGAAACGCUAACGCUACAAUGAAUUCGGCCGCAGACCAGGAUGAAAACGAUAGCAAAUGUAACGGAAGUAGCAGUGAGGGUCGUCUGGGACUAGAGAUGUGCCAUCGAGCAGAGCCGCAAAGCGUACUUAGAAAUAAAUGACGAAGCCCAGAUUCGUAGAAGAAAUGAAGGAGCGUCCGAAGAAGAAGAAGAAAGGACAGCUCUCAACACACGGCAUCUUCGCGGAGCCACUCGCCGUAUGGGAUAUCGGAGGAUGGGUCAUCGGAUAUGAACGGCAACUGUAAACCUCCGCCGAAUAUGGUUGAGCCAUAACCAUCGUCGACAGGGAAAAUAAUCGGCAGGUCGAGGUCCAGGGCGACGUCCAGGGCGACGGGCGGGUUGAAGCAUGGCUCCGGGAAAGAAAGCUGGUAAAAUUGGUUCGAGAUGUUCGUGCCGUAUAUAGCGUUUUGCGUGACGAGGGUGGAAUGUGUGUUGUAAGCACUAAUGUAUUCGGUCGGGGCUAGCGGGUGGGAGGGAAAAAAGAGCUCUUGACUUCCGAGUGGGAGCGCGGAAUGAACAGGGCCAGUGAAUCCCUCGGUUAAGAAGGGAGUGUGGGCAGUGAGAUGAGCGUUGACCGAGAGCGAGGGCGGGCUGGCGUCGUGGGUCAAGGAAGCCGUAGCAGUCUUGGACGAGCAAGAAGGGUCGAGGAGCGGGUUCUGGAAUGGGGGGACGCUGUCGUUCUUGGACGACGACGGCCAACUUGCAGCGACCUGCUGAGGCACGGGGGCCUGCUUGGCCUGAGCCUGUCGGUUCUUGACCUUCAAGGCCUCCGCCUGGCGAUCCUCGAUUGAAACAUCCUUCCUGGCGAAGAUGGCAGCCAUCUCUAACGAGACUUUGAUGUCCUCUGGAGAUCUCCUGUUCGCGUUGCGCUUCACCUUCACCCGACGCGUCUGAGGCUUGAAGCGAUAGCCCGGAUACUUGAUCGCAUGCUCCGCCUUCCUCGCCUUCGCCUCGUCCUGGUAGGGCUUCUUCUCAGCCGCCGUCAUGUUCUUCCAAGUCCAACCGGCCAUACGACUGACGUGACGGUGGUCAUGCUCGAUGGUCUUGUCGAUCUUGUACUGGGUGCAGUACUUGGAACGGAAGAUGACGAAGGCGUUGGCAGGACGGGGGAUAUGGUUCGGGUCGUGUCUCGAGCGGGCAGAACGCGAAC